AUGAAGACCACCUACAAGUUUCAAAGCCUCUUCUCUUCUCUCAUCUUCCUCCUAUUCCUCUUCACACUCUUACAAAUUUCGAGAACCGAGGCAGUCAGCUCCGGUGGUGGCUGCCGAUAUCCGCCGUCGCAAAACAGCUGCAAGACAUGCAUGGCGGAGCAGAUGAAAUACAACUGCCCUAAGUGUGUGCCGGUGCUCCGAUGCAUGGCUCGUUGCCUUUGGGGAGGUGUGUCUCAGAGGACAUGCACCACCACAUGCGGAUGCGACACCUUAGCCAAACCCUCGCUUCUGGAGUGCAAACGCUGUGUUUCUAGGUGUAAGUGUAGCUGCGCAAAUUAG